UAUGUUAUUAUCCAUAGGCGUCAAAGCGUCUCUGGAAGCCGACUCACCAAAGACUCCAAGUAUGCCGUUGAUUUCUCUCUACGCUCAUGCUCUCUUUGAACAAAAUGUGUUGAAUGAUGAGCAAGAAGUACAUAGUCAGUCGGAGACUGUCGAUAUGCCGAAUUUUGAAUCACCAACGCCUUCGGUGGAAUCUCAGAUGGAAGAGGAAAAACCUCAAGAUACCCCGCCGUCGCAGCAACUUAUCGACUUAAAUAUGUUGACAGAAUUCUUACAAAAGAAUAAAGAAGAGGAAACAAGUAGUAAGAAGGCCAAGAGAGGUAAAAGCCAAUCAUCUAAGACUAAGCGUCCUUUCAUCUGUCCAACUGAAACUUGCGAAAGAAGAUUUUCCAGAUCCGACGAACUAACACGGCAUAUACGAAUUCAUACUGGUCAAAAGCCAUUCCAAUGUAAGAUUUGCGAUAGAGCAUUCUCCAGAUCUGAUCAUUUAACUACUCAUAUCCGAACUCAUACUGGAGAGAAGCCGUUUACCUGCGAAGAAUGUGGAAGGAAGUUUGCUAGAUCAGAUGAAAGAAAACGCCAUACUAAAAUCCAUUUAAAACAAAAAGCGAAAAAAGGAGCAACAUCCUCAAAUGCGCAAAAUUCUUCUUCUUUCGAUCUACUUUUAGCUGUCAGUUCAGGACUAAUAUCAACAACUACGACAAAUUCUACUUCCACUUGUUGA